AUGAUACUUACCUUGCUGACCCCUGCUCCAGCCCGGGCUCGCUCUCUCCCUCUCCCAUCUACAGCCUGCAUACCUGGCUGCAGCAGCAAAAUUUGCACUUACCUGUCAGCUGUCUUCCUUCUCUGGCCUCUCUCUUCACUCGUUCCUGCAGCUCCCUCGAUCUUCUUCGAUUUUCCGCACGCUGCCGCUCGGCUCCUCCUCUCCAAUGAGUAUGAGUGGGAGGAAUAGUACCCCAUCAUUGGUAUCACGGCGAGGAGGCGGUGACAGGGGCAGCAUAUCAUCCCGCCCACACAUCGCCGGAGACAGCAGCGGUGUCUCGGUUCCUAA